GUUUACAUCCCUCCACCAACACCUUCUAUUUAUCUGGCUCCUAAUCUAUACGCAGAUAAAUAUUACUGUAAAAUAACCUUCUAUUCCGCUAUAAAUAUCCUCUUCUCGUGCCCUCCCAAAACACAGGCCAAGACCACCUCUUUGUUGUUGGAUCCUUUACCUUUCUUGUUCCGCGUUCUUUUUUUCUGAGUCCUCAAAGGUUCCAGGAGGAGAAGAUGACGAUUUCCAUUGAGCAGCCUCAGAUUGAGGUGGAAGUGGAAGACAAGAAGGUUCCCAGGGAGUUGGUGUUGGAUGGUGGUUUCAUGGUGCCCGAGACCAAUUCCUUUGGUCAUACUUUUAGGGACUAUGAUGUCGAAUCUGAGAGGAAGAAGGCUGUCGAAGAGUUCUAUCGCACGAACCACAUUCAUCAAACCUACGAUUUCGUGACGAGGAUGAGGGAAGAGUACGGCAAGUUGGAUAGGGUGGAGAUGAGCAUCUGGGAAUGCAUAGAACUGCUCAAUGAGUUCAUUGAUGACAGUGAUCCUGAUCUCGAUGAGCCCCAGAUCGAGCACUUGCUGCAGACUGCGGAAGCAAUCAGGAAGGACUAUCCUGAUGAGGAUUGGCUGCACUUAACUGGCUUAAUUCAUGAUCUUGGAAAAGUUCUUCUCCAUCAAAACUUUGGACAACUUCCCCAGUGGGCUGUUGUGGGUGACACGUUCCCUGUGGGGUGCGCUUUUGAUGAAUGUAAUGUUCACCACAAGUAUUUCAAAGAAAACCCUGACCACAGCAAUCCUAAAUACAACACCAAACUGGGAGCUUAUUCUGAAGGUUGCGGACUUGACAACGUAUUGAUGUCUUGGGGACAUGAUGACUAUAUGUACUUGGUGGCCAAAGAGAAUAAGACCACUUUGCCUUCAGCUGCCUUGUUCAUCAUCCGCUACCAUUCCUUCUAUCCAUUGCACAAGCAUGGAGCCUAUCAAUACCUCAUGAAUGAUGAGGACAAAGAAAAUCUGAAAUGGCUGCAUAUUUUUAACAAAUAUGACCUUUACAGCAAGAGUAAAGUUAGAAUAGAUGUAGAGAAAGUGAAGCCAUACUACUUAUCACUUAUCGAAAAGUACUUCCCUGUGAAGUUGAGAUGGUGAGAUACUUGGAUGAUGAUUUAUUCCAGUGGCGUUCUCUUGAGCAAAGGAUUCAUUACAUGGUCCAUCUUCAAGCAGCUGAUGCUAGAAGUAGCCGUGUUGACUAUUGAAUCUAAUAUUGUAUUUAUUUUAUCUAUAUUUGUAAAGUUUUCUUGUUCAAUAAUGCAAGCAUUUGUGCCUUCCAAAAUGAAUUGAUGUAAGCCAUUUAUGUUAUAUAAUAAAAAGUGUUUAUCAUUGAGUUCCCCUCAUGCCA